ACAAAAACACUUUACAGAAGCAACGAAGCAAAUCAAAACAAUCCCAGAAGCAAAAAAUUAGGGAUGAAGCUCCGCGUCAGUGCGAGCAGGUGAGGCCAAAGAGCGGGUCCCGGUUUCAUUUUCAAACCCUCCAUUCCUCCGCGUUUAAAAGCAAGCGCAAAGCUUCGUUUUUUCACACACCAUUGAGUCUGCUGCACUGACUUUACUCAUGCCCUGAUUUUUCUCUCACAUAUUUUUCCCAGCAGAGAAAAGAAAAGAAAACAAAAGGGCUAAGAGAGAGAAACCCAACAAAAACAAAACAUAAAACACCUAGCUGUACUCCUUUUUCUCCCUCUCUCUGUGUUUCAGUUUGUUUGAUUUGCUUUCUCUCUCUAGCUAGAUUGGCAAGUAUAGAAUAAAUAAAGUGCAGGGGGAAAGUGGGGGAAAGGCUGUUGCUUUGUGAGGAGGGAGUGGGGGGGUGCUCCGGCCAUGGGUUCGAGGGGCGUAAUGCGCGGCGCAUUGGGGGCCAAUGUGCCCUCGUCGACGGCGGCAGCGGCGGCUGUGGCGGUGGCCUUCGUGUGCUUGUGGUGGUGCUCGGCUGUUUCAGCCUCUGUGUCGUAUGAUAGCAGGGCUUUGAUUGUUAAUGGGCAGCGCAGGAUCCUUAUUUCUGGAUCCAUUCACUACCCUCGAAGCACCCCUGAGAUGUGGCCAGAUCUUAUACAGAAGGCGAAAGAUGGGGGAUUGGAUGUAAUCCAAACCUAUGUUUUCUGGAAUGGGCAUGAACCUUCUCCUGGCAAAUACUAUUUCGAGGAGAGGUAUGAUCUGGUUAGAUUUAUAAAGCUGGUGCAGCAAGCAGGCCUUUAUGUUCAUCUCAGGAUUGGGCCUUACGUUUGUGCUGAAUGGAACUUUGGGGGUUUUCCAGUUUGGCUGAAAUACAUUCCAGGGAUCAAUUUCAGAACAGAUAAUGGGCCUUUCAAGGCUCAAAUGCAAAGAUUCACGACAAAGAUAGUUAAUAUGAUGAAAGCAGAAAGGUUGUUUGAAUCUCAAGGCGGUCCAAUAAUUCUAUCUCAGAUUGAGAAUGAAUAUGGACCCGAGGAGUGGGAAAUUGGUGCUCCUGGUCGAGCUUACACAAAAUGGGCUGCCCAGAUGGCUGUGGGGCUCAAGACUGGAGUCCCAUGGGUCAUGUGCAAGCAAGAUGAUGCCCCCGAUCCUGUUAUUAACACCUGCAAUGGCUUCUACUGUGAUUAUUUCUCUCCGAAUAAGGCUUACAAGCCAAAGAUGUGGACCGAAGCGUGGACUGGCUGGUAUACUGAAUUUGGAGGAGCAGUUCCUGUUCGACCAGCUGAAGACAUGGCAUUUUCAGUUGCGCGUUUUAUACAAAAGGGGGGAUCCUUCAUCAAUUACUAUAUGUACCAUGGUGGAACAAAUUUUGGCAGGACUGCUGGUGGUCCUUUUAUUGCUACUAGCUAUGACUAUGAUGCUCCUUUAGAUGAAUAUGGACUAUUGAACCAGCCUAAAUGGGGCCAUUUGAAAGAUCUUCAUAGAGCAAUUAAGUUGUGCGAACCUGCUUUGGUAUCUGGAGAUCCUGGUGUGAUGCCACUUGGAAAUUAUCAGGAGGCUCAUGUUUUCAAAUCGAAGUCUGGGGCAUGUGCUGCAUUCCUAGCAAACUACAACCCAAGAUCUUAUGCAAAAGUAUCUUUUGCUAAUAUGCAUUAUGACCUGCCUCCUUGGUCUAUCAGCAUUCUUCCUGACUGCAAGAACACUGUUUAUAACACUGCCAGAGUGGGAUCCCAAAGUGCUCAGAUGAAGAUGAGUCCUGUUGUUGGAGGAUUCUCUUGGCAGUCAUACAACGAAGAGACAGCCUCUUAUGAUGAUAGUACAUUUACCACGGUUGGGCUGCUAGAGCAAAUAAAUGUCACCAGAGAUGUCUCUGAUUAUUUGUGGUACACGACAGAUGUCAAGAUUGAUCCUAGUGAAGGAUUUCUGAAGAAUGGACAUUAUCCUGUUCUUACAGUCAUGUCUGCUGGGCACACGUUAAAUGUUUUCAUCAACGGUCAAUUAUCAGGAACUGCCUAUGGAAGUUUAGAAAACCCGAAAUUAACAUUUAGCAGUGCUGUGAAUCUUAGAGCUGGUAUUAACACUAUUUCACUGCUAAGCGUAGCUGUUGGUCUACCGAAUGUCGGCCCACAUUUUGAGACAUGGAAUGCUGGUGUUCUUGGUCCAGUUUCAUUGAGCGGUCUUAAUGAGGGAAGGAGAGAUCUGUCAUGGCAAAAAUGGUCUUACAAGGUUGGUCUUCAAGGAGAAGGUUUGAGUCUUAACACACUCAGUGGGACUUCCUCUGUUGAGUGGGCGGAAGUAUCUUUGGCUGCUCAAAGGCAGCCAUUGACAUGGUACAAAACAACUUUUAAUGCUCCUGCCGGAAAUGGGCCGCUGGCUUUGGAUAUGGGUGCCAUGGGUAAAGGUCAGGUAUGGAUAAAUGGGCAGAGCAUUGGGCGUCACUGGCCUGCAUAUACUGCUAAAGGCAAUUGCAAUGAUUGUAAUUAUGCUGGAACAUAUACUGAGAAGAAAUGCCUUAAAUAUUGUGGGCUUCCUUCCCAAAGAUGGUAUCAUGUUCCACAGUCAUGGCUGAAACCAACAGGGAAUUUGUUGGUUGUGUUUGAAGAAUUGGGUGGAAGCUCAAAUUGGAUAUCUUUUGUCAAAAAAGAAAUAGAAAGUGUAUGUGCUGAUAUAUAUGAAUGGCAGCCAAAUCUCCUCAGUUGGGAGAAGCAAGCCUCUGGUAAAGCCAACAGACCCUUGAGACCUAAAGCCCAUUUGUCGUGUGCCCCUGGGCAGAAAAUCUCAUCAAUAAAAUUUGCAAGCUUUGGAACACCUGAAGGGGCUUGUGGAAGCUUCCGCGAGGGAAGCUGUCAUGCCCAUAAGUCAUAUGAUGCUUUUGAAAAGAACUGCAUUGGUCAAAACUCGUGCUCCGUAGCUGUAGCACCUGAAGUUUUUGGAGGAGAUCCAUGCCCUAAUGUCAUGAAGAAACUUUCUGUGGAAGCCAUUUGCAGCUGAUGACUGGCGACCUCUGGAAUAAACCGAGUGAGAAGGCUUUAUAAUCACAGAUUAAUUUACUCUGCUGAAGACAGCAUUUUCAUAUACACAUAUUGGCAUAAGUUACAGGUCCACCAGCACCUCAAUUAUUUGUUUCAGCUUUGCUGGGGGUGAAGUUGUACAAAUGUACACAACACACCAUCUGGAUCAAAGCGCAUAUUUCUGGAUAAGAUUGAUGUACAUAAACUAGCAAUUGUUUGGCUAUGGAAGCACAUCGAGACGAAAAUGGAGUCCAUGUGCUAAUGCAUUAGUUGAAGAAGAAGGAAGCUUCUGGUUUCCAGUGAUUUCAGUGUUCUGUUUAUUUUCCUGGGCAGCAAAAUGUUUCUUUGCUAUGUAAUUGUAAGAGUAGCUACAAGUGAUAAUAAUAUCAAGUUCAAAGUCUCACAGUA